AUGGCCGCAAAUGGGGCUACAACCUCGACAUUUGCGUCACUUUUGAAGCAGUCAAAAUUUGCAAGCUAUUCACCUUCGAUCGCUCAAGUCUAUACCACGUAUGGAGGGCAUGCAUCCAGGGGUGAUUGGGGUGUUAAAAGACCUCUAUCUGCCCGAAAGCGCAAUAAGGCUCUCCUAAUUCAGUCCAUCGACUCCAGAGAACAACAAACCGAGUUUAGAAGCGGAGAGCCUGAAGCGAAAAUGGUCCAGCGCUGGGAAGAAACGGGAAAGGAUGUCAUUCCUUCCGCAAAGGCUUUAGGUGGUACAUCAUGGAGUGCUCAAUAUGCCAAUAGGCCAAGGGGGGAGCUCCCUAUUGACUCCGAAUUCAGUGCCUAUACUGAUACCCCAGACCCGCUCGCUGGGCCUGCUGGAGCAAACCCAGCUCUAAGGGUGAAGACAGCACCUUCUAUUGAGGCCACUCCCAAUCCUUACCUCAUGAGCGAGCGGGAAUUCAACCGUUAUUUGGAGCGUGUGCGCACAUUUCGACCGGCCUUCCGAAAAUAUAUCCGAGCACAAGAGAUAGCGGAAGCCAAUCGUGUCGGGAAAGAUAUACCAGACAUCUUGCAGAGUCCACCAAAUCUCUAUCGAAUGCGACGCGAGAAGAGAGGGGAAUCGAUGACCGGCAGCUUCCUCAACGAGAUGGCUUACCAACUUCACGGCGCACCGGAAAGUCAAACUCUUGAACCGUAUCCUCAUCGCAAUGGUGGUCUCUAUUACCCGAUCCCCAACGCUUUCCAAACCACCCUUCUUCAUCCACCUAUCCCAGCUCAUUUCACAUCAGUCGAUUCGGAGUCAACCUAUGUGUCUGCAGCGGGAAUGAAUGUCAAA